CCACACAAACACUUCUGAUAACUGUGUCUUGUAGCGAAAAUAUCUGUAGGAAAUAAGUUUUUUCUGUUGCCAUUUUGAUGAUAUUUACACUAAAAUUUUUGAUAUCACAUCUCUAGUGUUUAAAAUUGUGUAAAAUAAUACGAAGCAAGUAAUUAUGGAAUCAGUUUGUAGCUAUUUGUAGUGUGUUUCUGUAACUUGACAUAGCAACGCAUGAAGCCGUAGUCAUAGCCACGGAAAACGCCUCUUUCAUCAACAAAAAGUAAAAAAGAUUACAUUUGCAAAUACGAGAGUAUCACAUGAAACUUGUCAAGAAUGAUGGCAACGUUUAGUGUCACUGAAAACACCAAUCGAAAUUCACCAUCGCCGACGAUGGCAACAGCUGGACAGCUGUUAACUACGGGUGGUACUGCAACCAUAACCGUUGUAGCAAAUGCAUCCGGUCAGACCCUAUUAGUUCAACCAACCACUAUAGUAAAUACAUCACCACCAAGGCAUACUAUAUUGAAACAAGUCAGCAAAAUUACCAAUGAUCCAUCGUCGCCAAAAUUAGAAACCGACGAUGUAAUUACAGAAACAAGUGAAGAUCGAGUUAUCGAAAGAGGGACCAGAACUAUCGUUGAAAAUGCUCAUUACAUUACUGUUCCUGAAGGUACGACAGCAGCUAGAUCAUAUACCUCAUUAACUCCAGUUACUCCGUCGAUAGUACCAGAAACUGAAACUGUUGGUACUAAUGGAGUAUCUCACUCGACUUAUGUCCAGUACGUGGAUGGUACAUCAGACCAAGCAAUCUAUACAACUAAUGGACAAAUGGCUUAUCCUGUUUAUACUGUCAAUGAUUCCGGAACAACAAUGUACUCUCCAUCUUCUGGUCAAUAUUAUCAAACAAAUAAUGGUAGUCCGGUAGCAUAUUCUCAAGUAAUUAGAGUUGCUAAUAAUAUUAACCAAGGUAAUAAUCAAUCGCAAAUCAUCAACAAUGGCCCGUAUCUGAUACAACAAAACGUCGACAGUGAUCAUACUAUUAUUACUACCACCACUGCGAGGAAUACAUCUACUUCUGAUGUGACAUAUUUGGUGAACUCAACUAGUACAAUUAAUAAUACGAAUAAUAACGUAGUCGUGUCUGCUCCUAGUACGUCAAAUGAAACUGUGGCCAAUAACAAUAAUUCACAGCAUUCUGUCGACACAGCCAGCAACAUCAAUCAUAUCCCUCGAGUAUCUCCAGUCACUGUACAAUGGCUAUUAGAUAAUUACGAAACAGCGGAUGGAGUAUCGCUACCUCGCUCAACUUUAUAUUAUUAUUAUAUGCACCAUUGCAACGAAAGUAAAAUAGAUCCUGUGAAUGCUGCAUCGUUUGGCAAAUUGAUUAGAUCUGUAUUCAUAGGAUUAAGAACCAGGCGUUUAGGAACGAGAGGUAAUUCCAAGUACCAUUAUUAUGGCAUACGUUUGAAACCAGACUCUCCUUUGAAUAAUCUAUCAGUGAAUGAAGAGAAUGGUACAUUCACUAAUCGAACUACGAACGGUAACGCUUGCCAAACUCAGAAACGUUUUAGAUCCAGUAAACCUGAAACAAAUGAUACUCAAUAUAAUACUGAACAAAAUCAUUCCACUUCAUCUUAUCAGUCAGUGUCAUCUCCUGAGUCUCAACACAAUCAAUUCUUGGGAGAUGGCACUUCAGCGAUUCCAGAUUUUCCAGAGAUUAUUUUCAAUAACGGAACAUUACCGGAAGAUUGUUCGUUGGAUGAUGUAGAUACUUUUCGAAGCAUUUAUCGAGAACAUUGCGAAAUGUUCUUACAUGCUAUCGAAAAUCUAGAGUUUUCGACUAUCGAAUCUUUGUGGCGAGAGUUUUGGCGCUGUCAAGAUAGUUUGGAUGAUUGCGAAGAAGAAAGAUAUUUAUCGAAAACAAAACUGUAUCAGCUGUCGAAAUGUCCGGAAGUUCAGGAUUUCGUUCGUUAUGUCGACUAUCGCUUUUAUCAGAAUCUAGUCACUGUUCUAGUCCCCGAUGUUUUACGAUCGAUCCCAAGUUCCUUAACUCAGUCCAUCCGUAAUUUUGCCAAAAGUUUAGAAACAUGGUUGUCAUCUGCCAUGGUCGACUGUCCUCGAGAAAUAACCGUUAUCAAGUCAAAUACGGUCAGUGCGUUUUCGCAAACGCUUCGACGUUACACAUCUCUGAAUCACUUAGCUCAAGCUGCUGGAGCCGUUUUACAAAAUUCCGCCCAAAUAAAUCAAAUGUUGACUGAUUUAAAUCGCGUUGAUUUUCACAACGUCCAAGAACAGGCGUCCUGGGUCUCCCAAUGUGAUACUGACCUGGUUCGACGAUUAGAGGAAGAUUUCAAGAUCACUUUACAGCAACAAAAUUCUCUGGAAGAAUGGGCUAAUUGGUUGAAAAGUGUCGUCGACGAAGUAUUAAAACCAUAUGUUGGUAAAAAGUCGUACAUCAAAGCAGCACGUCAGUUUUUAUUGAAAUGGUCAUUUUAUAGUUCCAUGGUUAUUCGUGAUUUGACUUUGAGAAGUGCCUCUAGUUUCGGUUCGUUUCAUUUGAUAAGAUUAUUGUACGAUGAAUAUAUGUUCUAUGUGAUUGAACAUCUUGUUGCCAAAGCUACCGGCGAGACUCCGAUGGCCGUUAUGGGAGAAUCUUUUUUACAGAAAUAUCCAACGACGACUUCGGAAUACAUCAACUUUGAUGUUAUUAAUGAUAAUUCAGACCGUGAUAAUGGCUCGAUUACUAUCGAAACAUUAGACAGCGAUUCGUCUAAUUUAUUGCUCGCUUCUAACGAUAUUAUGGAGUAAGGAUCGCCCAAAAGGAUGAAAUUAAAAUGGUGAAUGUGAACGUACCGUGUAGCUAUAAUUUCCAUAGUAAGUUUCUUCUUCACUUUGUUUCGAGAUGUGGCUUUAAGGCCAAAUAAGAGCGUUUAGCUUUAGUUCCUUGUCGUUCUUUUCGCUGUAAGGGAAGGCUAAUUUUUUUUUAA